GCCGGCCUCCGUCACAGGAAGACAAGGAGGAAGACAGGAGCACAACGGAGCUUUAACACCAUCAGCAGCAGCAGCUCCUCCACCUCCACCAGACGUGCUUCCACAGAUUAGGCCACAACGGUUUCCAGAGCAUCUAAAGACUCCCCCAGGCAGGAGGGGCUCUCGCUGACAUGACCUGAGAGGAGAGGCAGGAAGCCAUCGGUAUUGCUAUCAACAUGGGCAACCAGGAGGCCAAGCAGAAGAGAGCUGCAGCAGCAUCGGGUAACGGGAGCUACCCUUCCCUGGAUGAAGGAUGGAGAGAGGGAGGAGGGGAUACCACCAAAAAGGGGGGAAAGAAACCACACAGUAAGCAUGGAGGUAAAGGAGCAGGCAACGGUGGAGGAGGAGGGGGGAUGCAUGGCACAGGACCAGGGAAGAAGAAAAACAAAUCCGAGUCCAAGUCCUCUGUUUUCUCCAUCCGGAAGAGAAAGGGCAACCUGAAAGGGAGAGGGGACGUGUGCUCGUCAGUGACGGGAUCGAAGGAGGACGUGUUACUCUCCCAACAUGAGGAGCUGGACACCAAAACACCUGAGCUGUCUGCAGACGAGCUGGGGCCGUCGGACACUGAGGUUGAAAAGAAAAAGAAAUCAGAACCGGGGAAAAAGAAAGAAGAGCCGAAGCAGGAGGUGCAGAGGAAAGCCUCGACAGCAGCAACCUCACCCGCGGAGGAUGGGGGGCCGAAGGGGGGCAGCUCAGGGUCCGACACUGACAUCUACAGCUUCCACUCUGCAGCCGACCACGAGGAUCUGCUAGCAGACAUCCAGCUGGCUAUCAGGCUCCAGUACCAACAGCAGCAUGGGGGGGGUUAUCCUACUUUGGAUGCACAAGGACCGGGAGAAAAGGGUCUGAGCCUGAGGGGAGGAGAGGGGAGGAGGGAGAGUAAUGGGGGAGUUCAAUGUACUCCUCCAGAGGUGAUUGACCUGACUCCAGAAUUAGAGCUGGGGUCCGAUGCCCUGUCAUUCCUGGAGACGGGAACUGUGUCCAGCUCUGUCAAGCUCACGGAGCAGACACCACACCCCCCCUCACCCACUGAGGUACAUGAGAGAAGGGAGGAGAUGGGGGGGCUGGAGCAUCCGGAGCUAAAUGGGAAGGGGCAGAGGGAGAGAGAAGCCCCUCUUUGUGUUGCCACAGGCACAAAGGAGCAGCAUGAUUGGGUGCAGGAGCCCCCUCACACUACCAUCACCAUGGCUACAACAGGGGGGGCAACAGUCAGCCCGGUCUCCAUGACAACCUGUGCUAACAGCUUCACUGACCUCACAUUUGACAGUGCUGAGACCCCGGGGGAGAGAGCAGGAGGUGAAGGAGAGGAGGAGAUGGAUCCGGGGGUGGAGGUGGAUCUCAGCCCUCCACCAGCAGACCCCCCCGAAAACGUGCUGAGCUCAGGGGUCGUGUUCGAAGAAGGUGAGGGUCUGUUGGGCUCGGGUACCAGUGCAGAGUCCCUCGAGGACUGCCUGAGUGCGGGGUCUGCUGCCCCCCCCUCCAACCAGCAGUGCAGGAAGAGCAGCGUGUGCUUCACCCCGCUGCCCCCCAAGGAGAGCCCCACAUUAGCCAGACAUCUCCUCAGGUCCACUCACUCCUCCACCUCCUCUUCCCCUGUGGUGAAACCCUACCCUCCCAUCUUCCCCUCCUACAUCAAGACCACCACCAGGCAGCUCAGCUCCCCUGGACACUCCCCCGCCCUGUCCCCCUCCCACAGCCCCCUGUCCCCGCGCAGAGCCCACCACCACCUCCACAGGACGAUGGCUGAGAGUCCUCGGGUCCGGCGGCAGCGCUCUCGAAGCCUCGCUGGCUCUCUGAGUCGCUCUGCUGACUGGACGGAGGAGCUGGAGAGGAGGCUGAGGAGCAGGGAUGAGGAGGGGGGUGGUUCAGGGGAAUAUCUGGUGGGCUACAGAGGAGGAGGCAGCCAGCCCCUCUGUGCCACCAGAAGAUCCUCCUGUGGACAGGUUUCUACCUGCAGCUUUCAGGACAUCUUCACAGGGCGAACCCUCCUGGAGAAGCUGUUCCUGCAGCAGCAGCAGCAGGAGGAGCCGGAGGAGGCGGAGCGGCUCUGCUCCAGGAUCCUGGCCAUGGGGCUCCUGCUGCCGUUUGCUGACUGCUUCAGAGAGCAGCUGGAGGGCAGCACCACCCACCUCCCCUCCACAGCAUCAGCCAAAUUUGAUCAUGACCAGCUGUAUACCUGGGCAGCAGUUAACCAGCCCUCUCACUCCCUGGAUUCUCUGGAGGGGAAACUACCGGGGCAGCUGAGGGGCCCCUGGGCUCCUGUUAAACCAGGAGGGGACACCAAGACUUGGCUCAAAGCCACAGAGGCAGAAGACAAUCAAGAACACCAAGCAGCCAUCUUGGGUUCAACUCAACAACCGAAGGAGAGCCAUGAGGAGGAGUGUGUCCUUCCUUCAGCGAAACUGAAGGCCAAACACGUGAACGUGAUCCAGCAGCUGGAGCUGACCAUCGAGGCCCUCAGGACCAAGAUCGCUGAGCUGGAGCAGCUGCCCCCCCUGGACACUGUGAAACCCCCCCCCUCCACCACAGACCGGGAGGUGGGCGGAGAGGAGGGGCUGCUGAGGGCGGUGUGUGACGCUCACCUGCAGACUGAAACCAUUGUAGCUGCGGGGGGGCUGGAGGCCAAGUCGGUGCAGACCUCCCCCAUGGAGGACAGCUUUAAGUUCAAAGUGCCUUGCAGCGAGCCGGGUGGAGCGGACCCUCCCCCGCAGCCUCCACCCAGGCAGGAAGGCUUUCAGUGUUCCUGUCAGCUGCAGCCCCCCCCUCCACCUCCACUUCCAGGAGGAGCAGUACCUCCACCUCCACCAGGACAGAUUAUGGCACCACCUCCUCCACCACCUCCCCCUCCACCAUUACCAGGAGGCUUAAUGCCACCUCCUCCACCUCCUCCUCCUCCUCCACCUCCACCUCCACCAUUACCAGGAGGCUUAAUGCCACCUCCUCCACCUCCUCCUCCUCCUCCUCCUCCUCCACCUCCAUUACCUUUUGGUUCAGCAUGUCCUCCACCUCCACUUCCUGGUGGUAUUGCUCCACCCCCACCCCCUCCUCCUCCUCCUCUCCCUUGUGGCAUGGCUCCACCUCCUCCCCCGUUACCAGGAAUGGGAGCCCCACCUCCUCCACCUCCAGGGUGCGGGCCUCCUCCCCCCCCUCCUCCACCGGGAGGCAUGUGUGCUCCACCCCCUCCCCCCGGGGCUCUGGGCUCGCUGCCUCCUCCUCUGCCCAUGGGGCUGUACGCUCUGGGCCUGACGCAGGAGAAGCCCCCCAGGAAGGCUCUGGUGGAGCCCCCCAGACCCAUGAAGCCCCUCUACUGGACCAGGAUCCAGCUCACCACCAAAAAGGAGGUUUCUUCUUCGUUGGUGUGGGACACAAUCGAUGAGCCUGAAAUGGACUUUGAGGAGUUUGUAGAUUUGUUCUCCAAAACAGCCGUGAAGGAGAAGAAGCAGCCGCUCUCUGACACCAUCACCAAGUCCAAGGCCAAACAGGUUAUGAAGCUCCUGAACAAUAAGCGUUCCCAGGCAGUAGGGAUCCUCAUGUCCUCCCUGCAUCUUGAUAUGAAAGAUAUCCAGCAUGCCAUCCUGAACUUGGACAACACCGUAGUUGACCUGGAGACCCUGCAGGCCUUGUAUGAAAAUAGGGCCCAACAGGAUGAGCUGGACAAGAUAGAAAAGCACAUCAAGUCGUCAAAAGACAAGGAGAACGCCAAACCCCUGGACAAACCUGAGCAGUUCCUCCACCAGCUCUCUCUGAUCCCAAACUUCUCCUCCAGAGUCUUCUGCAUCAUCUUCCAGUCUAGCUUCCACGAGUGCAUGUCGUCCAUAACGAGGAAACUGGACACUCUGCAGAGAGUAUGCCUGGCGCUGCAGGACAGUGAGACGGUGAAGAAGGUUCUCAGUCUGAUUCUGGCUUUCGGUAACUUCAUGAAUGGUGGGAAUCGAACCAGAGGUCAAGCCGACGGCUUCACCCUGGACAUCCUGCCCAAACUGAAAGAUGUGAAGAGCAGCGACGGUACGAAAAGUCUUCUGUCUUACAUUGUUGCAUACUACCUCAGACACUUCGAUGAGGACGCUGGCAGAGAGACGUGUGUGUACCCCCUCCCAGAGCCUCACGACCUGUUCCAGUCUUCACAGAUGAAGUUUGAAGACUUUCAGAAAGACCUGACUCGACUCAGGAAGGACCUGAGAGCGUGCACAUCAGAAGUGGAGAAGGUGUGCAAGGUUUCAGACGAGGACAACUUGCAGCCUUUUAAAGACAAGAUGGAGGAGUUCCUUGCACAAGCUAAGAGUGAACUGGAGACCCUAGAGGCUCAACUCAGCAGCACUCACAAACUGUUCCUGGAGCUCACCGUGUUCUUCUCAGUGAAGGCCAAGUCAGGAGAGAAGGAGGUCUCCCCCAACACCCUGUUCUGCGUCUGGCACGAGUUCUCCUCCGACUUCAAGGAUCAGUGGAAGAAGGAGAACAAAGUCAUCCUCAAAGAGCGAUUAAAAGCAGCUGAGGAGUGUUUCCGGCAGGCCAAGGAGAAGGCGUCCUACAGCGUCAAACCCAAACACGCCUCUGGCAUCAAAGCCAAGCUGGGCAUGAAGAUUUGACUGAACUUUGGAUACUUGUUUUCCUGUGGAGUACCAGACAAUAAAGUACGAAGAGGACAGAAGAGAAACAGUGAAGGGAUGUAUGCCGCUGAGCCUACUCUGGACAUCUUAUUUCAUUGAUUAAUUUCUUCCAGUUGAACCAGUUUCACAUCAGCUUGAUGCCUUACGUUGCUCUCCUGUCCCUCUGUCUGAAUUAUGGAUGGAUGCUGCUGCAGGGCCACCAGGCCCCAUGUGUUGUUGAGAUCACCACAGCUCACAAACAAUAUACAUCUCAUACAUAACUGUUAGGACUAUACGCCUACAUUCAUAAAAAUGUCUCACUAGCAGAAUGGUAAAUGCAAACACAGUUCAACACAACCCAUGGCAUUAAUAGCACCAACAGCAUGGCACUUAUGUAUUUAAAUAUUAGGGAUUCUAACUUCCAACUGUUAAGUAUUCAGAUCCACCAGGUGAAAGCUUCUGUGAACAAUAUCAGUCAAUCGAUAUGGGAGGUUGACAGUCAAAACUAAACUGCUACAGGAAAAGUGUUCUGCAGAAACACUGAUGGAUCUACCCAAGCACAAAUAUGCACUCAGAUGUCAUCUCACCACUUUUAUGUUUAGUUAAUUUAACACACAUUGGAUUUACUUUCAACACCACAUACAUUCACAAUCUUUGUAAAUAUACAUCAGCAUGCAACAGGAAGUUGGAUUUUUGGUUUCUUGUUGACCUUGGAAACAGCAGUUAACCAAACAAUCUCAACUUUUGGAGUCAUCCCACGGGAAAAGUGUGGCCGUUUAUAAAGCACUUUAUGUUCUGGCUCAUUACUCCUCUAAUGCGAGGAGCAAGAGCAAAAUCCUUUUCCUUCAUUUGUUGUGUAACAUUGCUACACUUUUUUCCACAACUUUGCCAAGAUUUCUAAGCUUCUUCAUACUUUCAUAGUAUUUGCAUCCAACCUUGAAUCUCCAUUUAUAUAAGCACUCUUCUAUUCUAAACCUGGCUGUACUGUAGACCUAUUUCCAUUACAAAUGGUCAUCAUACCCCCUUUAAUGCAUUAAACAAUUGCAACCAAAUGUAGGUGGCCUACAAUAGCUUACAUUUAUUAUAAUGACCAUGACUAAGUCUGACCCAUGUUCAGUUGUCAAAUCCUCUUAGUCCAAAGCCCUAAUAUUAAGGUACUCUUCAAAGUAUAGGUCCCCAUUAGAUAUCAGCAUGAUUGUCCAUUACUAUGCUUUUUGAUGAAACAUUUAAAACUAGAUUUUAAAUCUAUUUUAAAGUGAGCCAAGAGUGCCAGUGAAUACACGGAACCGGCCAAGCUGGACAUCAUAGUAAUAUUCAAAUCUCAGCAGACACUCAAAUAUGGGAGGGCAAGAGUAAUUGCCAUUGAUUAGCAGCACAUAUUCUGAUUAUACUGCAAAUAAUACUGACAACUUCAGAAUAAAAACAGUGUAGGUCUAGAAGGGACAGCAUCUGGGUAAAUCCUUCUUAAUGUCAUUACCAGAUGAGACACAUCAUUAGCAGCAGCAUUGAUGGGCAGGAAUGCCAUUGUAAACUUACAUGUGUAAUUUUAAUGUACUGUAUGUUAAAUGAUAAGCCAUGUCAAACCACAUAUACUACGUCAAAUAUUUGAGUGUGUGUGUGUGUGUGUGUGUGUGUGUGUGUGUGUGUGUGUGUGUGUGUGUGUGUGUGUGUGUGUGUGUGAUAUGUACAGUGCAUUAAAUUACAGCUGUUGGAUUUUGUUGCAAAGUUAAUGACUAUCAAUGUAAGGAAAUCAAUUGUUUAAAAAAAGUAGUGGGACACGUUUUGUGUUUCUUUCAAUGAUAUCUUUUUCUGCUGGCCAGCCUGAAAACUCUCUACAGGACUAAGUUUGAACGGUUGAAGUUUCAUGUGCAAUAAAUGUUUAUACAUGUAUAUAAAGAGGAUGCAUGGAGCUUGGAAGUGGUGUAAUUUAUGUAAAAUAAA